UAAGCAUCUUUAAAUAGUAUCAAAAAUAAAAUGGAUACAGAAGACGAUGUUAGAAGAUAUUUCGACGUAUUCGAUUAUAUAGUUUUUGCAAUAAUGUUGGUAGUUUCAGCGUUAAUUGGUGUAUAUUUUGCCUUUUUCGCGAAAGUUAAACAAAAUACGACAUCAGAGUAUUUAAUGGGCGGAAAAACUAUGGGUAUAUUUCCUAUUUCGAUGUCACUAAUAGCUAGUUAUAUAUCAGGAAUUAGUCUACUAGGAUUGCCAGCUGAAAUGUAUACAUAUGGUACUCAGUUUUGGAUGAUCCUAACAUCAGAAAUAUUAGUUUCUUUAGUUAUGGCUUAUGCAUACUUACCUGUUUUCUAUACGCUUCAAAUAACGUCUAGUUAUGAAUACCUCAACCUUCGGUUUAACAACACCGUUCGACUAUUGGGAUCCAUUCUUUUCCUGACAAAAAUGUUGCUAUAUAUUCCUAUAGUAAUCUAUGUUCCAGCCCUAGCUUUCAGUCAAGUAACUGGAAUCAAUCUACAUCUCGUUACUCCGGUCGUCUGCAUAGUUUGCAUUUUUUACACAACUUUGGGUGGUUUAAAAGCCGUCGUGUGGACUGAUACUGUGCAAACAAUAAUAAUGUUUGUUGCGUUAAUAAUUACUGUAGUAAUUGGAACUCUUCGCAUAGGUGGAAUAGAUGAAGUAUGGUUAAGAAAUCUAGAUGGAGGCAGAAUUGACUUCUUUAAUAUGGAUUUAGAUCCAACCAUACGCCACUCUUUCUGGACAGUGACUAUUGGAAACUUUUUCUCAUGGUUGGCGUCAUGUUCUAUUAAUCAAGCAAUGGUUCAAAGAUGUUUAGCUAUGCCCACGUUGAAGUCUGCCCGAAUCACAGUGGGUAUAUUAGUAGUCGGCAUUAUGGCAUUAGUAUCUAUGUGUUGUUUCAUGGGUUUAGUCAUAUACGCCCAAUAUCAUAAAUGCGACCCGGUUACACGAGGUUGGAUACAGAAGUCGGAUCAACUUUUACCAUAUUUUAUAAUGGAUACUGCAGGCGAUAUACCCGGCCUUCCCGGGAUGUUUGUCAGUGGAGUAUUUAGUGCUGCUUUGAGUUCAAUGUCCACUGGACUAAAUUCAAUGACCGGAGUAAUUUUCGAGGAUUUAAUUAAGCCAAGAAUAAAACAACCAUUAACUGAAAGCCAGGCUAGUUUCCUAAUGAAACUUAUAGUCGUAAUAGUGGGGACUAUUUGUGUAGCUCUUGUGUUCGUAGUAGAAAAAUUAGGAGCACUUAUUCAAGCAGCCGGUAGUUUAGGAGCAAUAACAGCUGGGCCUCUUCUAGGAGUGUUUUCUCUUGGAAUGUUUUUCCCUGGUGCUACAUCUCAGGGAGCACUUGCUGGGGGUUUAUUAAGCGGAUCGCUCAUAACGUGGAUAUCAAUCGGAACGCAAGCUCAAAUGGCUCAAGGAAUAGUUCGAUUUCCCCAAAAACCAGUUUCUGUAGAAGGUUGCAGCGCAGACUGGGUCGCUGAAUAUUUAAGACUGACUUUAUCUCCAAAUACUAAGCCUAUACCAGUGGAAGCACCAUUUUUUCUUUACAGAAUAUCCUAUAUGUACUACACAGCUAUUGGAGCAUUUCUAGCUAUUAUUUUAGGACUAGUUGUCAGCUACUUGACUGGUUUUAACAAAGAAAAGGAGAUAUCAAGGGAUCUUUUAUCACCAGUUAUACACAGAUUUCUAAAAAAUAAACAAACAUUUGAAAAUAAUCACUUUGAGCUGACGUUAAAGCCAGAGAUAUGCACCUAAUGCUUUAGAAAUAUCCACCCAAGAUUCGAAAAUUACUUACUAUAGAAAAAGAACCAAAAUAUGCACUACACUUAGUCAUCAUCAUAUUUGAUAUGUCAAUUAAAGAAAAAAAAAUCUCACUUCUCUUAAUUUAAACUUUGACCAUUUUAGCAUUUGAAGCUCUAUACAUAUUUAUGUGCACAUUGAAAAAAAAAUAAAAUUAGAAUAAUUUCUUAAUCCUGUUUGUAGGACGCUGUUAACAACGAAAUAUAUAUAAGUAAAUAAGUAUUUUGUGUAGAUAUGAUUGUUUUGUCGAAACUACAUUGUUUCUCAUAGUACAUGAUCCGGCUGCAGGACGUAUAUUUUAAUCAAAACCUAAUUUUUACGUAAUUUAUGAAUAGGAGAAUAUGCUUUUAACAGGGUGUCAAUCAAAAAGUUGCCGCAAUUAUAUUUAAUUAAUAAUAAUAAAGUGGCCGGCCGUAGCGCAAGCAGUUAGUGUGUCGAUCUGCGGUGGGAGAGAUGGGAUGGUACUGGGUUGAAUCCUCAGCAAAAACGGUCGCUUAUUUACAUAAAUAAAAAAAUAUUAAUUUAUCUAAAUAGAGCGAACAGCGACCAGCCCCUCAAGGAAGGCAAUGGCAAACCACCUUGAGUAUAUUUGCCUUGUACAGCCUCUCAAAUAGAGCCGUUCGGAUUCGGCGAUAAACUGUAGGUCACGUGCACUUGUGAAACAUUGAUGACUCACAUCACAAGCAUCUGUAAUAAAAAACUAUAAUAAAAAGUUCUAUAAUAAAAAAGUUAGGAAUUUUAUAUAAGUGCCCACCUAAAGUACCGUAUGAUCAAAAAAAAGGCGUCGGCGAUGGUU